CCGGCCUACAAACUGCUAGACACGCCGAGCUUCCGCCGCUACUCUCUCCACCAUUCUAUUCAACUGGACUCUUUCCGUCGUUUUUUUGCUGAGGGGUACAACCUUACCCCUACCGGUCGGCCAGAUGUUAGCUAAGAAAGUAGAGACACCAACAAAAGCUAUGGAAGUUGAGGCCAAAAAGAUGAGAAGGGAGGUUGCUGCACUGGAAAAAGAAGUUUCUGCUGGAUUAAGCUGAUUUUUUUAAAUAAAUAAAUUCUAUGUUUCGUUCCACAGGAAGCCCAUGUAUGUAGUUGGUGCUGAGUGCUGUAGGUGGAAGUUUGCAGAAUUUCACAAUACAUUGAGGUAAAAAGGGCUAUUCAAGCCAUUUACCGGUCUCUGAGGAUUGGUUGGUAGCUGCUGGAUGUUUCACCUUUGGUCUUAAACAUAUAUGCUUUUAUGUGAUUCUGCUCUAAAGACUUUUAGAUGUUUGCCUUUGAAAAUAGCAAAGAAGGAAACUUUCUAUUCGUAGCACACCAAGAUGACACCUUUCAUGUCUAGACAUCUUUGAACUAAAUCUUUAGUGAAGCCAUGGAAUCCAUGCAUCAUCCAACACAGAAUAGUACGGAUCGGAGUACCUGCUUAUUUUAUAGAGCAACCAUAUACUUUUUCUUGAGUUUGAUUUUUUAUAUUUGCAUAGGCUUGUUCGGUGUCUAUAAGGUCUUAGAACCGAAUAAUUUUUGUCAUUUCUUUUAUAUUAUGUAGAUCUUUUUUAAAUCUUGGAGGGGCUUUGUUUCCACCCUUUCACUGCUCCAGUCCAAAUCCCCAAACGCCCUUCCCUCUCCUUCACUUGCUUUUCAGCCAAAUUUUCUUAUUCUAUGUUAGAGAUGAAAUUGAGUUGGUGGUGCGAUCAGGCUUCGAUCAGCGGGUCCCUAUCUUGCCUCGAUAACUCAUAGGCUUUAGACAGCUCUCCUCACCCUCCAGCGGCGGCGGUGACGGUGGCAGCGGUGGAGUUGGAUGGGCCAAGUUGGAGAAAUGGAGCCAAAGAUUCCAUCUUUUGCGCUCAAUUCUUCAACUUCUUUAAAGAGGGAGAUACAGAAACAGAUUUAAAUGUGGUGGUUCAUUAAAAGUUAGUGGAGCAAUGGCAGUGAGCUCACUGAGGGGAUUUCGGGGACGUGCAUAUCCCCCUCCCCCUCCCCCUCUUUUUUAUCAGUGUGAACCUCUGAUUGCGAUUGGAAUGAGUUUUUGUUAAUAAAAUCAUGAGCGCACCAUCUUUGGUCCAUGCACUCUUACGGAUUGUGAAAGUAUUAUUUCAAGAGAAGAAUAAGUUGGGACCAUUCUUGACAUUACUCCCCGCGUGCAACAUACUUCUCAAUCGAGGUUGUUCAUUUGUUCUUACCCGUAAGGAAGGGGACUCUUUAUAUUGCAUUCUUCCAAGACUAUUUUUAUCGCAUUGUCAUCAAAUAAUUUCUUUCAAGUCAAAAUAUAGACAGACCAAGAGAGCCAACCAAUUGUAACAUCAAGGUACAGAAAAGAGUAAAUGUAAUUUGUUUAACAAAUUACUAUGAAAUUUGGAACUUUGGAGAAAAAUAUAUCCAAAAUACUCCUAAAAAAAUAUGCAGAAUAAUGCUCCCAGCAGAUAAUUUCAUAAUCUGUAUCACAUAAAAUGCUCCAAAGAUAAUUCAGUUCAUCCUCUAUUAUGUCUACACUGAUUUGGCUCUUCAUCAGCACCAAAUUGAACACUCUGCAAUUUGGACAGUCUUACAAUAGCACUCUCAAGACUCAUGUAUAAAAUGCUGUGAGAAUGUGGCCAAGUCAGUGGGUUGAAAUAAACAAAAUAGUCAUAUCAUGUAUAAAAUGCUUUGACAAUAAACAAGGUUUGUAGUAGUCACUGUAUUUCAGGCAUUUUACUUAUUGAAAUUGGCCAUUUUUUGUUUCAGUUUGGCUCAAGUGCAAGAUUAUGUUUCAGCCGUUUUGCUGUUUAAAGCUUUCAUUAGCCUUAGAGUAUGGUUUUUAGCUUGACAGGUGAUUGUUAGACUAGCUUCACAGAGUAAACAUUUUGGCCUCCCUAAUGUCUAUGAAAUAGGAUUGUUGGGUUUAUGUUUUAUUAAUAUGUUAUUUAGAGAGUAGAACCUUAAGUUUUUUAACUGCGACAUUUGUAUGGUUUUCAAUUUGCUUCCCGACUCUCUCUCUUUCCAAGGGGCUUUGUUUUGGUCUUUCCCUUUUGUACUUUAUUUUUUUUACUUUUCUUUUAGUAGAAUUUAUAACAAUCUUCAUUCUUGCUUUAAUCAACUUAAUAUUUUUUCCCUAUUAUGAUUCAUGUUUGGGUUUCAUUUUCUUAUAAUGUUUUAUUCCCCUGUGUAGCACUUUCCAAUUUCCAUAUUCCUUCAUACAAAGUUGUUUUAUUAAUCUUUGUAUUGGUGGAAAUGUGGAAGUGUGGAACAUUUGUCAAUGACAAAGGUGUGACAUUCAAUAAUUGAUUACUACUGAAUAAGGUUGUUUGCUUAUACAAAAUGACACAUUUAUUGAGAAAAUUGGACUAUGCAACGGGAUAUGCUUUUACUUUUCAUAAUGACUUCUUUCCAUUCCAUGAACUACUUCCAUGAAUUAUUUUAAACUUUUUAGGGGUACUCUGCAAACGAUGGCCGUGCUUAGAAUUCUGGUUGCACAUUGUUUUGGUUCCUUUGUUGGCAGUUUUGGACUAAGAUUAAGAUUGACGUAUUGGUAUUUUCAGUGUUCUUUAUUUUUACAUUUUAUGACUUUGCUUGGGUCCUUUCCUAUUUAUUACAAUCUUUCUUCCAAAAAAAGUUCAUUUUCUUUUUAAAAACCCCUACCAUGUACUCAGUGUGGUGUAUAAGCUUUUGGCUACUGUGUCCCUGCCAGAGUCUAGUUGUGAAUCUCAAUUUGUGAGCUUUGAAAAAAAUCGUCAAACCUUACAAAUAAAAGGUAAUUUUUUAACUCUGUAUUUAUUUGCUUUUUUGGUGAAAAAUUGCCCGUCUAGAUUCAGUUUCUGUUUCCACCUGGAGAGCUAUAUAAGAUUCUGUGACCUUUUCAGUUAGACGAAAUAAUCACCUGGCUACCAAUUUUUGCUUUCCGUUUCCAUGGUUUUCCAUUAGAUGUUGCUUCAGGUCUACAGUCAUUUUAUUUAUAAAGAUUAUGAAGGAUAACAAGUCUGAUGAUCGAACUACCAGGUUUGGGUCAUUUCUUUACAAUUUUGGAACAAGUGUUUUGGUUGGAAAAUUUUUUGUAUACUCAUCAAAUAAAACAAAUACUCCAUAAGUGUCAAAAAAUAAUCCAAUAUUUUUUUAUGGAGUCCUGGUGAUUGUUAUUGACUGCCCGUCCCUUCUGUUUCCCAUCCAUUUUGCCUCUUUGGAUUCACCAUCAACGGCGAUCAAGAGUUCCACCGACCACCAUCAACGACGAUCAAGAGUUCCACCGGUUGGCACAAGUGUUCCCAGCGGCCAUCAAGCGCAAGAGUUCCACCACACUUCUUCCUCUCCGUAACACCUGCUUGCUUGAUUCUUCUAACAGAGGUAACGAAUCUAGGGAUUGAAUUGCCGACUGUCUAAUUCCUCAGGUUGUUCAUCUUUCUCCCUCCACCGCACGAGCUUGAUUUUUUCGUGCUUUCAAAUACGGAGCAACCAAAUUUGGUUUGGAACAAGCUGAAAAGGUACAUGCACUUUUGUGUGUGUGUGUGUGUGAGAUUUAUGUUUGUAUUCUGUUUAUGUUUUAGUGGGAAGAGGAACUAAUCACAGCUAGGGAUUCGCUGAUCGGUGGAGAUGAGGCAUUAUAUUAGAGAUUCCACAUUCAAACUUGCUCCCAAAUGAUAUUGGGGGUGAGAAUGCAGAAAAGAUUGAGCACUUUCUCUGGAUUUGUCCCAAAGCUUACGAGGUCUGGUAUCACUAUUCUAUGGUGUUUUGAUCUGACUACUGAAGUUAGGUAAUCAACUCAUAUUUAGUAUAUUCACCUCAUAUAUAAGUUUUUUUCCUUCAUUACUUGAAAAUCUAUUUUCUCACAACAAAAAAAAAGGACAAGUGAGCAUAUUCCUUUCUUGCAAUACAACCAAAAAUCUACAAUAUGCAAGCAUGCUCAUCAACUGGGAGUAGUUAGUGCAGCACGACCUCUAUUGACUGUUCAACUAGCUUUUUAAGCCUCAUCUUUGUUUUUGUUAUUCUAUCCUUUGUGUUUUUCUCUUAUGCAAUUACUUCUACAGUAUGCUAGCCACGUUCAUCUCACCAACGAAUUAGCCUAUCAUAUUUUAUAUUAGAGCAACAACCUUGAUUAAAAUAAGCAAACUCAUGAGUCUGAUUACCUAGCUACUAAAGUACAUUGCAUUUACUACAUGAUGUUAAUGUUUGUUUAGUCACGUGCAACGCCAGAUCCAAUACAUAUAUUGUUGAGAUGAUGAAAAACACAUGGAAAUGAAACAAAGAUAAUCAGAAAGAGGAGAAACAAGCCUCACACCCUACGUGUGAGACAUUUGGAGUGAGAAGGGUAUCCGUAGAAAUACAAUCAAAACUGGCAGCAUGACGUAUCUCUUCCAUGAUGUAUCUCUGCUAUGUGCCCCGUCGUUUCAAGACCAAAUUCAGAGAGAGUUCGUUCUUUGAGUUUGCAAUUGUGUCUUAGUCGAGAGCUUACAACUGAUUCCUGAUGUUUGUGUUCUGAAUUGCCUUCAAUUUUGUUUUGUAAUUUUAAACACCCAAGCUGCUCCAAGAAAGAAAGCAACAUUAUCAUCGUAACUGGAUAAUUUAUGCAGGUUUCUUAAUUUAGUAUCACUUCAAUUAGGUAUUUGAAGAAUUCGAACAAAUGAAGUUUUGGUGAUUCUACUAUCCCAAUGACCGAGCUCCUCCUCCUAAAGCUAGCAUGUAUGAAGUAGACCAAUUCACAGCUCUCAAGGCUAGUAUGAAGAGCAUUGUGAAACAAACUAUCAAGGAACACCUAGGAGCUUCCCAUCCACGUCCCAAUCAGUACACUGAACCGGUGAACCAAGCUGAACCCUAUGGUUCUGGUAGUCACCACCAAUCUGAUCUUGUAUUGUCUUGUGAACACUGCUUUCAAAAUCAUCUUUCUUCUGCUUGUCCCUUGAUUGAACCACCCCCUCCGAGCAGGACUAAGGAGGUUAAUCUAGCGCAAUACGCGAAUAAAGGGGAAGGACCUUGGGCCCAGAACAAUCAAGAGCAUUGGCGGGAGAGAAAUAGUUUUCCAAGAAACAAUCGUCCCAGGGAUGACUAUAAACAAGGUAACUGGAAUAACAAUAAAACCAAUUACAAAAAUACCAAUGCACCCUACGUCCCACCUCAUAAUCGCCAACCUCCGCAAGAAGACUCCUUGGCAAGGAUGGAGAAGAUGAUGAUGGAGUACAUGCAGAAGAUGAACAACCUAGCAGAAGAUAUGAAGGAACGUGACAAGACACGGGAUAGUCAACUCCAACAAGUGUUUAAACAACUUGGAGUUAGAGAACAGGGGAACCUCCCAGCUACCACUGAACCAAACCCACGGGAGCAACUUCGGGCAAUAACUUUUAGAAGUGGUAAAGAGCUUCAAGGCCCAGAAGUCGAAGUCAAUAUAGGUGAAGUACCCGUGGAUACCCCUAUAGGAACAACCCCGCAAAAGAAAACUGAAUCCACGCCCCAAGGGGCGGGAAAGGAAGAAACCUCUUCUAGCCAGACCCUACCAACCAAGCAAGCUCAGCUAAACACUAUCCCUUUUCCUACUAGGGUGAAAAAGAACAAGGAUGAAAAGGCUUUCCAAAAGUUUCUCGGUGUCAUUGGCCAAGUUGAGGUCAAAAUGCCUUUGGUAGAUGUGUUAACUGAAAUGCCCAAAUAUGGUAAGUUCUUAAAGGACCUCGUAACUAAGAAGAGGGACUGGGAGGAAUUCCCAGUUGUCAGCUUAAAUGCUGAAUGCUCUGCUAUGUUACUUGAGGAAAUGCUUAGAAAACGAAAGGAUCCUGGAUGUUUCAUCAUCCCUUGUUCCAUCAACGAUAGAACCUUUGGAGACGCUUUAGCUGACCUAGGAGCUAGCAUAAAUUUAAUGCCGUCCUCUAUCAUGAAAGCACUGGGAUUGACUGGACUUAAACCCACUCAAAUGUGUCUUCAAUUGGCAGAUAGCUCUAUUCGUUACCCCAGGGGGGUGAUUGAAGACGUGCUUGUGAAGGAAUUCGAUUUACAAAUCAAGGAUAGGAAAGGAUCGGCAAAUCAAGCUGUAGAUCAUCUAUCCCGACUAGAUGUGGAAGUAGCCGAGCAAUUUGGCAAUUGUAUCGUAAAUGAGUCCUUUCCCUUUGAGAGGAUCUAUGUUAUACAAGAAAAGGAGCCUUGGUAUGCAGAUAUUGCCAAUUUUCUGGAAGGGAAGAUCGAGCCUACCUUGUUGACACCGCACCUAAGCAAGAAGCUUAAGCGAGAAGCCCACUUCUAUUUUUGGGACGACCCCUACCUUUUCCGGAUUUGUGCGGACCAAGUAGUUCGGCGAUGCGUGACUGAAGCAGAAGGAAGGGAGAUAUUGGCAGCCUGCCAUAGUGGCCCGGUUGUGAUAGAAUUUGGGAUGGGUAUAUGGACAACUAGAUUGGACUCCAACAGGUUGGUGGACACUUCUCAGGAGCAAGGACAACAAGAAAGACCAGAAUACCCGACUGCUACGCGUGCCGAUGUUCACCUGGUGGGUUCUGGACCCAUCCAGCGCUUUGAGAUGUGGGGUCGUCACCGCUCAUUGACGGAAUCUGUGUACUUAUCCUCGGCAGUUCUCGCCGACUACGGAUACGCUAAGGAGAUGGAGCAGCUGCUACAAGGGACUAGGUGGCAUCGCCUCUUCAUGAUGCGGGCCGAGUCUAGCCUGCCACUGACGAUCGAGUUCCUGUGCUCUCUAGAGUUGGAGCCAUCUACAGGGUCGAGGUGGCAUCGCCUCUUCAUGAUGCGGGCCGAGUCUAGCCUGCCACUGACGAUCGAGUUCCUGUGCUCUCUAGAGUUGGAGCCAUCUACAGGGUCGAGGUCGAUGAACUUCCAGUCCAUCGACUCUCGUACAACCCUCACUUUCACUCUCUUGGGGCGAGGAUUUCAGCUGACGGUCGCCGAUCUGGCUACACACUUGGGUCUCUACAGUUGGGAGGAGACAUCGGCGCCAGAAUUCGAGGCCGCACCGUACCUUCUCCCUGCAGACAUUGAUCCCGCUGACUUUUGGGCGGAACACUCUUCCGACCCAGACCGUUUCGAGGGUAUGGGCCGAGCCAGGUUUUGGAUUCAGCCGACUUGGCGAAUCCUAUCUUUUGUGCUUUCGACAUCUUUCUUUGGGAGGCCGUUGAACACGGAUCGGGUAUACCCCGAUGAUUUGAUUGUCUUCCGGAGCCUGCACACACGCCGGGAGGUGAAUAUGGCUGUCUUUGUGGCCCGAUUUCUCUACAGUCAGUCCAUGGGGAAUCGGACGCACAUUGUCUGUGGUUUCGUAGUCACCAUACUCUUCCGAUCACUCGAGGGAUCGGCGCCCAUUCCGCGAGCUCAGAUGAUGAUGCGAGAUUUGGAUGCCGGCAUGCUGAGAAAUGCCCACAUUCGUAGGAGGUUGGGAGCUGGCUCUACCGAGAGCAACGCCGCUUCCUCAUCUGCGCCCUCGACAUUAGGAGCAUCUUCGCAGGUCUCGUCUAGGAGAGCCACUCGCCGCCGACCCACUCCUCAGGCCACCCCAGCUACGACCCAGGCUGAUCCGACCCCUGAAUGGGCUAGGAGGAUCCUGGAGCAGCAGGAUACCAUCCUGCAGAGGAUGUCCGAAAUCGGACAGCAGCAGGCAUCCCAGGCGGAGAACUUCGCUCAGCUUCGAAGGACCUUUACUAGCUUUUACUCGAAUGUGCACAUCGGGCUCACCCCUCGUUCUCGUGAGGGCGACGAUCCAUCCACCUCAGUUCCUCCUCCUUCGUGAUCUUCAUAUUAUUUUCUUUUGAAAACUUUUAUUUCUUUUCGUUAUGAGCAGGAAUUGAUGAUCAACUGGAUUUGUUGGAACUUAUUUUCCGCCGGUAACAUUUACUUAUGCACUUGCUCUAUUUCUAUUUCAAUCAACUUCUUUUGAUUUA